AUGGCCGCAGUCAUCGGCCCUGGCACACAUUCCCGCUACCGCCUGGCCCAAGAGCGGGAAUUCUACAAGUACUGCCCCCCGGAUGCUGAGACCUCCAGCCGAGCUAACCACUUCACAGACUCUGCCUCUCACUACGCCCCUUGGGAUCAUGACAGCAACCAGAAAUUCGUCCCACAGCCAUGCAAGGAUCCCGCAUUGACAUCCUUCGCCCAACUAUCUGCCCUUCGGCUCGGUACGGAGCGCGCCCUAAUUUCCUUAUUCGAUCGCACCCACCAACAUGUGUUGGCAGAGGCGACUCCGACUUUGAGCCUCGUGGGUGGACACAAAGCAAACGAUGUCGAGCAGUUAAAGUUAGGGUGCUGCGUGUUUCCAAAAGAACGGGGCAUUUGUUGCCAUGUCGAGACAUCACAACCGGAGGAUAAGAAGGAGAAUGCAGCCAAGGAUUCCGCCCUGGUCGCAUUGGACGUCGCCAAAGAUGAUCGCUUCACUGCAAACAAACUACAACUGCUAGCCCCACUAUCUGAUGUGCGCUUUAUUACCGCAGUGCCCAUUUUCAGCCCGCAAAAAUACAGAAUUGGGGUUUUGUGCGUGAUGGACAGCAAAGCAAGGUCAUCGGCCCCCGAUAGCGAUUCUCUUCGGUUCUUGAAUGAUAUGGCUGCGACCGUGAUGGACCACUUGGAAAUGAGGGAAAUUAAACGUCGAAACCACCGAGCUGAAAAAAUGAUCGUCGGCCUCGGUAGUUUUGUGGAAGGCCGGUCCACCCUCCGAGAUUCGUGGUGGGAGGCCAAUUUGCAGCGUGAUGGCUCGAAACAGUCUGGUCAAUCCAAAGAGGGUCAGUCGGGCGCGGAGCAGCAGGAUAUGCAAAAGCUCGCGAAAGAAACAGAAAAAACGAGCCACAAAAAUAUGGUCCUUCUGGAGCCGCCGAAAAAGGACGACGAUACCGAGAAGACAGGCGUUAAGGACACAGAUGGUAACACGAGUGACUCCGCCAAGUCACUCCAAUCCACCAAUUCCGGCAAUGCGACACCAUCGCAAAGCGAAGGAGAAAAGUCUCAGCAGCAACCUGGAGUCCAAUUCACCCGGAAUGGUGCUUCCGUACGCAGCGUACGUGCAGGAGAGAGUUUGAAAGACAAGACUCUCCCGAAUAGCAUUCGAAGUAUCCUCUCGCGCGCAGCCAAUCUUCUCAGAGAGUCGAUCGGGGCGGAGGGGGUGAUGUUUCUGGAUGCCAACAGUGAGCGUUUUGGAAGUCUUGUCGACCAAAAUACUCGCCGAGUCUCAGGUCCUCACUUGAAGAGUUCCACGUCCAGCUCAGAUGAAAGUACAGAUUCCGCGUAUUCAGACAGCCGAAAACCAUCUGAUGCGGGCCAAGGCUCAGACUCAGACGAGCACUCGGGCAUCUCUGAAUGCUUGGGAUUCUCAAGCUCGGGUACAGCCACUGACAGUGAUCAGAACCGAGCGGGUCAUAAUAUCGUGGUCCCUGAGCCUCUUUUCACGUCGCUCAUCCGGCGGUACCCUCGCGGAAAAAUCUUCACAUAUAACGCUAAUGGGACCCUUUCAGACAGUGACGAUCCGACUCAGAGUGUAUCUGGGUCAGAUCGUAGUGGUGCUUCCCAGAAUUCUGCAUCUGCUUCAUCUGGUAAAAAGAGGCGCAAGCCAGCUUUUCAGCGAGAUGCUGACGAUCUGAUCACUAUAUUUCGCGGGGCCAGGAACAUCCUUCUCUUGCCCAUCUGGGACUCGGACAGAAAGAGAUGGUUUGCAGGAACGCUGGCCUGGACGAACGAACCGGACAGAAUUUUUACUUUCGAAAAUGAGCUCGUUUAUAUCUCUGCAUUUACGAAUAGCAUCAUGGCGGAAGUUCGCCGAGUAGAUGUGGAGAUCUCAGAGAAAGCGAAAACAAACCUCGUUAGUAGCAUCACUCACGAGCUUCGAAAUCCAUUACAUGGAAUUCUGGGAACGGCAGACAUUUUAAGUGACACUGCCAUGAAUGCACUUCAGCAUGGGAUGGUUCACACAAUCGAGUCGUGUGGCCGCACCCUGCUGGAUACAAUCAAUAACCUGUUGGAUCUUACCUUUAUCGAUCAAUACAGAAAAGGAGGCAAUUCUCGCAAGGGGAAGAAGUCACAAUCUAUACCUUCCCGAGAGAUGUCUUCAUAUUCUCGAGUGUCGCUGGACUCCGUUCUGGAAGAAGUGACCGAGUGUGUGUUCGCUGGAUACUGCUUCUACAACCAUCCUCAGGCGCCCCCUCCAGCUCUAACAGAGUCGUCCUCCCGUUCGGCAGGACAAGCCAGCAAAACUGACGCAGUUGGUCCUCGAUCCAGUCAAGUCACUGUCAUUUUUGACAUUGAACCUGAUACGGAAUGGGAUUUCUACACGCAUGCCGGUGCGUGGAGACGUAUUCUCAUGAACAUCUUUGGAAAUGCGCUGAAAUACACGACCUCGGGAUACAUCUAUCUCCAGCUUAAAUCCGUGCAAAGUGGCACUGGUUCCUCGCGCAAGUCAUCCAGUAGGCACAAAGAUGAGUUUGAGGUAACUCUUACUGUGAAGGAUACUGGAAAAGGCAUUGGUGCCGAAUAUUUGCAAAAUGGUGUUUUCAGUCCCUUCUCGCAGGAGGACCCACUCGCAUCUGGGAGCGGACUGGGGUUGAGUAUCGUUCAUCAGGCUGUUGGGUUCCUCGGUGGCUCGAUUGAAAUUGAAUCUACCAAGGGUGCUGGCACUAAGCUGUCGAUACAUACGCCACUUAUGAAGCCUCCACCUGGCUCAGAGACUGCAUCGUCAGCUUCGCUAUUUCAUUCACUAAGAAGAUACACAGAAGACAAGACAAUUGGCUUCCUGGGAUUCGGGCAAAACCUGAUCUCUCAAAGAGAUACAUUCUUGUAUUCAUCAUUGGAACGAAUGUGUCAUGACUGGUUUGGUCUAGAGGUGUCCAAAAUCUCGCCAUUAGAAGGCAAGCACGACCCUCUCAACUUCUAUCUGGCGAUACAGACAGAACUGGACUGUGAAGACGUUGGGGGAAGAAAUUUGUUCGGCCUUCCUCAGCAUCUCCAUAGUGAUGAUGAGUUGACCUCACCGGUUGUCGUCAUCUGUCAGUCUCCCGAGGAAGCUCAUAGUAUGUUUGUGGCGUCCAAAAACCGAGGUGACUCGACUUUCUUCGAGUUCGUGAGCCAGCCUUGUGGGCCUCGGAAAUUGGCUCGUGCACUGGAUAUGUGUAUCAAGCGACAGCGUGAUAAACAGAACGGUCGACGGGGCAGUGAUGAGCCUACUCGCUGGGUGGAAAUGCCGGAGUCUUCCCACUUGCCUGUGGAUGUUGGGGCCAGCGAUCCCCCUGAUGACAGAAUGAAAAUCAGUAAGCGGCCAACAGCGGACACCAUCGGCAUGGACAAGGAUAAGGACCAGAAUUCUCGCCGCACAUCGCUGGAAGAAUUUCAGAGACCUAUAGAAGCAGAGAAUGAUGCUCAGCCAACACCAUCCCCAAAAUCUAGCGAGGGUGAACCACAGCCUGGCAAACUAUCUGCUUUGCUUGUUGAUGAUAACGAUCUCAACCUUCAACUACUUUGUGCCUAUGCAAAAAAGGAAGGCUAUGAAUACAUGACAGCCAAGAAUGGCGCCGAUGCAGUCGACAUUUACAAGGCUCAACCUGGAAAGUUCCAGGCCGUAAUCAUCGAUAUUUCAAUGCCCGUCAUGGAUGGCUUCGAAGCAUCACGGCAAAUACGACGGUUAGAGAAAGAGCACCGCGCUCAACUCCCGGAAGCAGAACGAAAAGCAUUUCCACGGAUCACCAUUGCUGCUCUGACUGGGCUUGAUAGUGCCGCGGCCCAGAAAGAGGCUUUGGGUUCCGGUAUCGACUCAUUUCUGAUCAAGCCCAUCAAGCGAUCUGAAGUGCAGAAUGUAUUGCGACGUUAA